ACAUCAUUUAUUCCUUUUCCUACUGUUUACUUUUUUCCUUUUUUAUAUUGCUAUUAAAGACUGAAAACAAGAAGUAAAGAGUGACAUAUCAAGAUGGCUUCACAAAACAUAAACAUUGCAUUUAAGCGUAACUCUAUCAACAACAAUAGCAACAAUAACAGUAGCAAUAAUGGAGCUGUAGCCAUGUCCUAUUCACCUUCUUCUCAUACUAUGCCAGCUAUCUUUCAGCAUAGAGACAGUUUUGUUCACCAAAGAGAACUUGAAUCUAAUUUCUGUAGUGAUUUAGUGUGCUGUGGAACACAUAUUAAGGAUCUUCAUGAGCUACUCCAUCAUUAUGAAGAACAUCACCAUGCACCAAUAGAAGAAGAACCUGAACCAAAAGAACCUGAUUUACCCAUGGAAGACUUAGAUUCACCUUUUUCUGCUCCAUUAUCCACUCAACCUACUGAGGUCACCUCACUGGUGAACCCACUACUUCGCAGCUUUGAAAGCUUUCGAGAAAAGCCUAACGAAAGAAGCAGCCCAUCCAAUGUAAAUAACAACAAUAAUAAUAAAUUCGGUAGACAUACAGAAGAAAUUUUGAAGCAGGCCUUACCAGCACUAGUUAAUCCUGAUAAUGAUCUUAGACCUGGUACACCCGAUCUUCACUUUCUGCGAACAGAAGUUUUAUAUCAGACAUGCGAUGAUGGACAAGAUAAACCAUACAAAUGCCAAAUAGCAGGUUGUGAUAAAGCUUACAAAAAUCCUAAUGGAUUGAAAUAUCAUCAAACGCAUGGUCACUCAGAGGAAGAUAUGCUGAGUGAAGCAGAAAGAGAUGCACAAAAACCCUACAUGUGCACCAUAGGCUAUUGUAACAAAAGAUAUAAAAAUCUGAAUGGGCUAAAAUAUCAUAUUGAGCAUUCGCAUAUUGCAAAAUUGAAACAAUAUCCAUUGGAUGGACAAUUGUCAUGGCAACCGCCUUCCAGCUAAAAUAAAUUUGUGAUAUUUGUGUGUAUAUGUACACUAGGAGAAUUCGC